UCUUGUACUCUCUCUCUCUAUCUCUCUUUCUAUAAAAGCAAGCAACAGAACUAGUUAGCCAUAAACUGUUCCCACUUCAUCUCUCUCAUCAAUGGCUAAUAACCCUUACUCUAAUCUUUUCUCAUCUUCAUCAUCAACUUUCUUCAAAUUCAACCAUAUUUUACCAUCUUCAAACCCUUCUCCACAUCACCACAACAACCCUUUUCUUCACCACCACAACUUCAUUAACAACAACCACUCAUUUUUCCAUUAUACUUCACCACCUUCUCCUCCUCUCAGAGAAGAACUACCCCUUUUAAGCCUAAUUCCAGCAAAACAAGAACAAGAAUAUGAAGAUCAACAAUCACAUCAAGAUAUUCAAGAUCAAUACCUUCCUUGCACUGCCAUGGAUUUAGAAGAAAGAGAAGAAGAUGGAACUAGUUCUUCUUCUACUACUGUCACUGUUGCACUUCACAUAGGUUUACCAAACCCUAGUGCUGCUGAAAUGGCUUCUCUACUUUCUUCUUCUAACUCCUCAGAUAUCACUGCUGAUAAUAACAAAGAACAUGGUGAGGAUUCUUGUUCAGGAUUCAUGGUUAAUAAUAGACUUAACAAAGGACAAUAUUGGAUCCCUACUCCUUCUCAGAUUCUCAUUGGUCCUACUCAAUUCUCUUGCCCUGUUUGCUCCAAAACCUUCAAUAGAUAUAACAACAUGCAGAUGCAUAUGUGGGGGCAUGGAUCACAGUACAGAAAAGGUCCUGAAUCUCUAAGAGGAACACAACCAACAGGAAUGUUAAGACUACCUUGUUACUGUUGUGCACAAGGAUGUAGAAACAACAUUGAUCAUCCAAGAGCAAAGCCAUUGAAAGAUUUUAGAACACUUCAAACACAUUACAAGAGAAAACAUGGAAUUAAACCUUUCAUGUGUAGAAAAUGUAGCAAAGCUUUUGCUGUUAGAGGAGAUUGGAGAACUCAUGAAAAGAAUUGUGGCAAGUUAUGGUAUUGUAUUUGUGGUUCUGAUUUCAAACAUAAGAGAUCUCUUAAAGAUCAUAUUAAAGCUUUUGGAAAUGGUCAUGCUGCUUUUGGAUGUGAUGGAUUUGAAGAAGAAGAUGAACCUGCUUCUGAAGUCGAGCAGGAUAAUGAAUAAUAAUGAUUUAUAUAUGUUAAUUAUCUGUUUGUCGGAUUAGUCGGUUCUUGGGUCGGAUACUGAAUUUUCAAAAAAAAAAUGUUAAUUAUCUUAAUAUUAAUUAUUUUGUGAAAUGAUUAAUAUUAGCAACAUUUAAUUAGUUUUAAUGGAAAGGUAAAAUUUUCUUUGUUUUUUCUCUUUAUGUUGGAACAUUAGCUAUGACUAGGAGAGUCAUGAAUGACUGGAUACAAAACAUAUAUAGCUGUUAAAAGACAUAUUUAUCCAACUUCUUUGACUUUGUUUCUCAUGUAUAAAACCUA